AUGCAUCAUGGAUUCAAGCAACUGGAUGCCCCAGACAUCUCAGAAUUCGUGAGAUUGAUCAAGCUUUGCGGCAAUUCAAGGAAUCUUGUGCGUGCAGUGCAGCUAGAAGCACAGAUCCUCCACAGCCCCCACAGCCAAGAGCGCUACCUCUCCAAUCUUCUGGUAGAGAUGUACGGGAAGUGCCGUGCACCAGCCGAGGCACGUCGCGUUUUCGAUUCCAUCCACAACAGGAAUCUCUACUCGUGGAAUUUUCUCGUCGGGGCAUAUGCUCAGAACGGGCAUUUGCUCGAGGCCAGAGCAGCGUUCGAUCUCAUGGGCGAGAGGAACGCCAUCUCAUGGACGGCCGUGAUCAAAGCAUACGUGGAAUCUGGCCAACUGGAAAAUGCUAAGAUCCUGUUUGACCAGAUGCCCGACCCGGAUGUGGUGGUAAGGAAUGUCAUGAUUGCCGCAUAUGGCGACACCGGGGAUCUGGAAGAGUGUCGACGAAUCUUCGACAGGAUGCCCGAGAGAACGGUAGUGACGUGGAAUGCGCUGCUCCAGGCGUACGCGUCCAGCGGCCACGUGGACGAGGCGCGCUGCGUGUUCGACCAGACGCCCGACCAGGACGUGGUGACGUGGAGCGCCAUGCUCCAGGCCUACGUGGAGGCUGGCGACGUGGAUGGCGCGCGAAAGGUCUUCGGUUCGAUGCCCCAGCGCAACGUGGUCGCGUGGACGUCUAUGGUACGAGCGUACGGUGCCGCCGGGGAUAUCCCGGAAUCGAGGGCCCUCUUCCACAAGAUGCCCGAGUGGGACGUAGUGGCGUGGACGGCUAUGGUGGCUGUUCUUGGGCAGGGCGGGCAUCUGGAGGAGGCGAGGGCGAUGUUUGAUUCGCUGCCCCACCAGGACGCGAUCGCCUGGAAUGCGAUGAUCGGCUCAUACGCACAGUGCGGCCGGAUUGCCGAGGCGCGGGAUCUCUUCCAGGAAUUAGGAAUCCUCCGCUGCUCGCACAAUCUCGUCACCUCGUCGUGGAAUGCGAUCAUCGCGAUGCACGGGCAGGCUGGGCAGAUCGAGGAGGCGAAGCGCGCGGAUCUUGGGGCGGUGAAGAGGCUCUUCGAUUCAAUGCCGGCGCGGGAUCCAAUCUCCUGGACGGCAAUGCUCGCCGCCACCGGCCAGCAGCGCGGCCAGGCGGCACGCGCGCACGAGAUAUUCAACCAGAUCCCUUGCCCGACGGUGGCAGCGUGGAACGCGAUCAUCUCCGCGCACGGGCAGAGCGGCGAAUGGGGCGCCGCCAUUGCCCUCUUCCGCGAGAUGCUGCUCGCGGGCGCGAGCCCUAACGAGAUCACGUUCACGGCAGUGCUCGCGAGCUGCGGCCACGGCGGCGGCCUCGCGGAUGGGCGGCACUGCUUCCACUCCAUCGCGGCGGAUUUCGGGCGGAGGGCGAUCGCCGAUCACUACUACUGCAUGAUUGAUCUCCUGGGCCGCGCCAAGCAGCUCCGCCACGCUGAGGAGCUCGUCGCCGCCAUGCCUUACGUGCCGGAUCCAGCGGCCAGGAUUGCGCUGCUCAGUGCAUCAUGCGGUGACGUGGAGCGUGGGGCGCGGGUGGCGGACCACUUGCUCCAGUUUAGCCCCGAGAAUGCGGCGUCCUAUAACUUGAUUUCCAACGCUUUGCAAGGUUCCUCUUAA